CGAUUAUAAGCGGCUUGCAACUCUGCAACGCCGCAAACAAAAUGGCUCUGAUUUUUGCAGACUAAAAAAGAUUCAUUUUGAAUUUUCGCAAUCUAAAAAUGCCAUAAGUUUGAGUAAAAUGAAAGAAAUAAAACAUAAGUUUCAAGGGUCGUGUGUACGAGAGCAACAUAGGUAUUGCAAAGAAGAAUGUACAAAUAAAAUGGUGUUGAAAGUUCGUGAUUGAGAUUUGAAUACAAAAACUAGUUCUUAUAAAACGGCACACACACACGCACGAGCUGCAAACAGCUUCCCAAAAAUGGAAGGUAUGGAUCUGUGGACGUCAAUGUUUUCAGCAGAUUUCGAUGAAGGCGGUGGUGAGGUGGAGGGCCAUAAUAAUGGCGAUAACGCGCUUGCAGACGAGUUUUUGGGAGAAGAGGAGGAGGAAGAACAGGAGGCUGAAGAGGAUGAGGGCUCGGCCGACGACAGGGGAAGCAAACAAAAAGGACACGAGCCCGAUGACGAUGCCAUUUUUGAUUUUGAGCUAGAGCCUAUUGUUAGCAUUGCGGAACCAGAACUGGAACCGUUGCCCAGACAAACGGCUGUCCCUCUGCAACCCCCUAUGCCAACCGGUCCGGCCAUCCGACCCCAGCAUCGCCAGUCGCUGCCAGCCUCGUUUAGCUCUCAGCCGAUGAUGGCUCGUGGUGGAGCUGGUGCACCAACACCACGGCCAACGACCUCACAGAUCAAUGCAACCGAUGAAAACGGCGUACCCAUCAAUUAUGAACUCGGAGUUACUUAUAUAUGUCCCGCCUGCGGGGCAGAGUAUAGGCAGCAGGACAUGUGGAAGCGUCAUAUGAACCAGAUGCAUCAGUACAAUACUCGACGAGGUCUCAAUUUCGUGGCCAUUGACAAGUUGUAUCACCGUUGCCUGGAGUGUAACAAGCGCAUCGCGAUGCACAGUAGGGAAAAUUUGCUAAAGCACAAGUUCACACAUUUGCCAUUUAGGUGCACCAAGUGCCACAUAUGUAAGCGCGAGUACAAAUACAGGCAGGACCUGAUGGUACAUCUUCGAAUGGUGCACUGUGAUGAAGUGGUAGCCAUGAUGCGUGGCGGCAAACUGAGUGCUGGACGCAAGACGCGUGUUCGGGAGCCGCGCAUCGAGAAGCACCGCGAACAUUACGGGCAGGUUCAUGACGACGAUGGCAUUGAGGUCAAAAACGAGGUGCUGGAAACGGAAGGCACAGCGGAGGCAGCUCAGGAGUCCCAUCAUGAUUUCGACGAUGAGUACAGUCACAGCUCCAACCAAGCGGCUGUAAAGAAGCGUAGCACUUCUGUGGGAGCCAAUGGCAGCGGUGCAGCGGAUAUUUGCGAGGACUAUAUACACUAUAUGUGUCCAGAUUGUGGCACCGAUUGUGAUACGCACGCCCAGUGGAGUCAGCACAUUGAAUUUGUACACGACUACGUCAGUAGAAGGGGGUUGAACUUUCGCUGCGUGGAUAUGCAAAUGCAGUGCCUCGAGUGCAAGCAGUUUGUCAUCCCGAACACAAUUAAGACACUGCGCACACACAAGUUCAGCCACUUGCCACAACCAGAGUGGAUGCGUUGCAAGCUGUGCUAUAAGGGCUUUACAGAGCAUCAUGAACUUAUAACGCAUCUUCUUAAACAGCAUAAUUUGGAAACCUUAAUGCCUGAGAAUGAGGAGGAGGAGCAACAGCAGCCAUUGGCUAUAUCCAGUGUGGGUGAUGAGUGUGAGGAGAAUCCUGGCAUUGGCUGCGACGAUGAAACUUCAUUGCAUUGGGACGAUGUGCCUCGCCGUGGUGGUCGCAUCGGUAGCGAUGAUAUGUACGAGCCGCAUAUUGAUUAUCUUUGUCCGCAGUGCGGCAGAGAGUUUAUAGAGAAGAAACAUUGGCGCACCCAUGUUGUACAAGUGCACGGCAUGAAUGACCUGACCAAGUUGAAUUUUGAGGUGAUCAAUGAUCGCCAGUUGAAGUGCACCGAAUGCGAUAAGAUCAUAACUAAUGCCUAUGGCAUACAGAAUGCCCAGCAGCAUAGGAUAACACAUUUGCCCUACAAGGCGUACGCGCGAUGCCGCAAAUGCCAUAAGUCCUACACGGAUCGAAAGGGUCUUGUCAAACACUUGGCAACAUACCAUCGUGUGGGCUACGAGCCGCGCAAAGUGGUUGGAUCAGGAUCAGGUGUUGCACCAUUGACGCCAAACAAAUCGCACACGCCGCGCAAACAAAUCGUCACCGUGGCCAAUGAGACGUAUGAGAUUAUAUAUUUGGAUGAGGAGCAAUCGCCACCUAGUAACAAUAAUAUAAAUGAUGAGAAUGAUUUCGGUGAACAAAUGCAAGCGGACGACGAUGAUUACGCCCUAGGCAGUACCAGCGGUUUAUUGGGACGCCAGCCGCAAGCACCUACUGCUGUCGCUCCUGCACCAAUUCCUAAUCCGAAUCGCUACAAAUGCGUAGACUGUGGCUCGCUGUUUGCCACACAGGUGGCAUUAAAGACGCACAUCAGCGAGGAACAUGAUUUUAUGGACACGCAAUACAGUGCCAAAAAGUUUGACAAUGCGGAACCCACGGAGGAGGCUGCUACAGCGCCUGUUGCCGUUUCAACCACUGCAGCUAGUUUGCCCUUAAAAAACCCCGCAGGAGCUUCCACUAUAGAGCAGAAUUAUAUUUUCCUGUGCCCGUCGUGUGGCAAGGCCUACAAGACACAGUUCGAGUGGCGUCGCCACAUUAACGAGGAGCACAACUUCGAUAAACGGCAGUAUUUGAAUAUGCGCCAGCUGGACAAAUAUCGGUAUCAGUGCACCCUUUGCAAGGACAUUGUGUGUAAUUCCAAGCUAAAGGGCUUGCAGGAUCAUCAUUUUCGUCAUUUGCCUUAUCGACUAUAUCUGAAGUGCCUGGUAUGUGGCACCUGCUACAAUCAUAAGCCCAACAUCGCAGCGCAUCUCCGCACGCGGCACAACAUCUAUGAACGGGAGCCCUCAUCUUGGCGUGACCAGCACCAGAAGUCCCAGAAUGGCCACGAGCAGCACAAGCAUAAGGAUAAGGAUAGGGAUACGCAAACCACAGCUGCCACCGGCACAGCUUCUGCCUCACCUACUCCCAGUAGUAGCCGCACGCUCAAGCCACAGCCGGGAGUGUUGCCGACGAGACCCGCUGGACUUAACACAUUGGAGGAUAGUAUAUCGUAUCACAAUGCUGUUGAUCUGGACUUCAUCACCUAUUUUUGUCCCAAGUGCAAUAAGAACUUUGACUCGCACGCCUUUUGGCGCAAGCACAUCGUUGAGGAACACAACUACAAUAGUCGGAUAGGUUUAAACUUUCGCCAAAUUGACGUCCAUCAUUAUCUGUGCCUGGAGUGCUAUAAGCGUGUGACAGUGACGCACACUAAGGGCGCCAUUGGGCAGCUACAGUCGCACAAGUUCCGACAUCUGCCUUAUCGCUCCUUCAAGUGCUUGACCUGCUCAGGGGAGUUUGUUCGCAAGCAAAUGUUCUUUAAGCACCUGAACCGCGAUACAAAUCGUUGCGACAACAAGCCACUGACCGGCCAGGAGAAUGAUGAAGACACCACUGAUCAGCCGGACAGGCCACCUACCAUGCUCGCAAAAGAGACACUCGAUGUCGCGACAUAUCGCUUGAUGUGUCCUCAAUGCGGUGAUGGGUUUACCACCAGCAGCAAAGCUCUGUGGCGAGAGCACAUUAACAUCCAUCAUGGUCUAGGCAAGCGGGAGAUGCUGCAUAUGCGCAAGUUGGGAGACGAAUCGUAUCUCUGCACGGAGUGUGAGGAGCACCUGCCAACAAAACAGCUGCGAGUGCUGCAAGAGCAUCGCUUCCAGCAUUUGCCCUAUGCCGCAUACAUACGCUGCCAGCUAUGCGAACAGCAGUCGCCGGAUGGCGAGAGUCAUGGUGUGGUGGCUGCCGGAUUGCACAGUAUGCGUGAACUGCAACAGCACAUACGCGACGUUCAUCCGGAUGUGGUGGAGCAAGACGAGCAAAUGCAAACGCAGUUGGAAGAUGAGGAUGAUAGUCAGCAGCCGGCUGUUGGCGGAGAAGCAACUGACAGUGGACUCUAUAUGCCGCUGCCGCCGCAUUUGCUAGACGAUGAUGCAGAGGAUAUGGAGUUUGAAGAACAGUAUCUGCUAGGUUAAACAGAAACACUGGCCAAAUCUUGCCAGCCCAGUGAACAACAGAAUCUGCAAGUCUGCCAAUAGGAGACCCCAUUUACAAUUUUAAAUAUCUAUAUCUAACUGAACAUAAGUACUUAUAGAUAGUUUAUGGUUAUACGACUCACAUAAGAAUUGAAAUUUCCUUAAGAAUUCUCAUUUAAUUACUUAAGUAGAUCAUAAAUAACACUGCAACUAUUUAUUAUUUAUCACCAUACCCUAAUCUCCCAGCCGAGAACCACAUACAUUACAUUACAAGCUAACCGUGAAAUUACUAUGAGAUUUCUGAAUUAGCUACUGAUACAUCAAUAAAUGAUAUAUUGACAAUGUACAAUCUA